GCCCCCCGGUGGCCCUGAGUGGAUCAGGUUAUUUUGGGGAUCAGCUGUUGCUCUUCUCGUCAGCAGGACCCUCCUCUUCCUCCUCUGACCUUCCUCUGCCUGCAGAGCUUCACCUUCCUCUCCUUCGCCACCCGGAUCCUGUGACCGAGGAUGGAGACGUCAGUGGAAGCAGCUGAGCUGUUGGCGCCGUCGCCCCUGGAAACCGGGAGUUUGGACGGAGACUCCGCCUCCUCGGCGACCUUUGACCCGAUGGAGGAGUUCAGCCGGCGGCUGCAGGACAUCCUGAGGACACACGGCUCGGCCGAACCGGUUGCUACGGACAACGAGGCGGAAAAGACCCCAGAGGAGGUCAAAGGUGACAUGGAGACAGACGUGUCCCUCAUGCGGCAGCGCCUGACCAACCUGCCGUCCGCAGAGGACAGACUGGAGGAACUGGUGGCGCUGUGGCGCGGCGAGCAGCAGAAGAAGAGCGCGCUGCAGCAGAAACUCUGCCACCUGCUGGAGGAACGGCGCUGCAGCAUGGCGGCGCGCAGCCAGCUGGAGGCGCUGUGCAGAGACCUGCAGGCUCACUACGGCGCGCUGCGGGAGGAGACGCUGCGGCGCUGCAGGGAGGAUGAGGAGAAGCGGAGCGACAUCACCAACCACUUCCAGGAGACGCUGGUGGAAAUCCAGGCCCAGAUCGAGCUGCACAGCGGCCGCAACGACAAGCUGCGGCAGGAGAACGCCAACCUGACCGACAAGCUGGAGAGCCUGAUGAGUCAGUACGAGCGCCGGGAGGAGAGUUUGGAGAAGAUCAACAAACAUCACGACCUGCAGCACAAACUGACAGAGGCCAAACUGCAGCAGGCCAACGCGCUGCUGGCCGAGGCUGAAGACAAACACAAACGGGAGAAAGAAUAUUUACUGGUUCAGGCCGCUGAGUGGAAACUGCAGGCUAAGACUCUCAGAGAGCAGGCGACUGUCAUGCAGGCACAGCUGGCGCUCUACGCUCAGAAGUUUGACGAGUUUCAGGCAACGCUGGCCAAGAGCAAUGAGAUUUAUGUCCGGUUCAAACAGGAGAUGGACAAUAUGACUGAGAAGAUGAAGAAGGUAGAGAAGGAGGCAAACCUUUGGAAGACCAGGUUUGAGAACUGCAACAAGACGCUGAUCGACAUGAUUGAGGAGAGAACAGAGAAAGGCAGAGAGUACAACCUGUUUGUCCUGAAGAUCCAGAAGCUGGAAAAGCUUUGCCGUGCUCUGCAAGAGGAGAGGAAAGGACUCUACGACAAGAUCCGAGAGGUCCGCCAGUCCAGCGCCGGCCUCCCGUCCAAACUAGCCAACUUCACAGAGAACGCUGGAGUUCCUGAAGACGCUGCCAUGCCGGACCUGGAGGGGCUCCAAGAGCUCCAGGAGGACGACCCGCUUCUGACGGAGAACAUCAUCCGGCUGCGGCAGGAGCAGGCCAAACUGCAGGAGUUUGCCGCCGCCCUGCUGGCCGCGCCGGGCGAUAACGAGGAGCAGGAUGAGAAAAAGGAGCUGGGCGACGAAGAUGAUGUCAUCGUCUCCGCCAUCGCUCAGUUCCAAACCAGAACCGACAUCAAGAAAGGUCCGGCUUCAGCACCUGGUCAGGCAGAAGGCAGAGAAGAGAAGGCUGAAGAUCCACUUGUGGUUCUGCUGAAGGGUGAAGAACUGCAGGGAACCGGGACAAAACCAACUGACCUGGUGGCGCCUCCGGAGGUGGAGCAGAGUCCAACACAAGUCAGAGAGGAGGUCCAACAGUCAGCAACCUCAGAACCAGGCAGGCCGGAUCCAGAACCAGACAGACCGGGUUCAGAACCAGACAGACCGGAUCCAGAACCAGGCAGACCGGGUUCAGAACCAGGCAGGGAGGAUCCAGAACCAGAAACUUUGGAGACAGAAUGCCUGAAGGAGACCAGUUUGUUGAAACCAGUCCUCCCAGUGGAAGAGCAUCUGGUCCAGCAGUUGCCCAGUGGGCCAGAACCAGGAGAGUCCAGUAAACCGUCUGAUGGGUCAACCAAAGCAGCCGGCGGGAAGCAAAUCCCCAAGAAGAAGAAGAAGAGGAACAGCAAGAGCACCAGCUGAACCUCCAGCUGUGUGUGUGUGUGUGUGUGUGUGUGUGUGUGUGUGUGUGUGUGUGUGUGUGUGUGUGUGUGUGUGUUUGCUUGUAAAACCUUGUGGGGACCAUUUUCGUGACACCACGUUGUGGGGACCCACUGUUCCUCGUGGGACCGAAGCCUGGUCCCCACAAGGGGAAUCCUGUUUUUGGGUCAGGGGUCAGAUUUAGGACUAAGGUGUGAAUUGAGUUUUGGUUAGUUAGGGUUAGGUAUGUAAUGUUAGGGUUAGGGUAAGGAUAAGGAUUAGGCUGUAGAAAUGAAUGGAAGUCAAUGGAAAGUCCCCACAAAGAUAGCUGCGCAAACGAGUGUGUGUGUGUGUAAAGGUCAGCUGUCCGAAUGAAGAUGUAGUUUGACCGGCUGGAGGAGAUGCCUCACUAACUUCUAUGUUUACUGCAUGUUUGGUGAAUCUAAAACCAGAGUUGGUAUCCAUGGAAACCGCAAUCAAUAAAGUGACUUUUUUAACAAA